CGGAGAGGAGAGCGCACUGGGCACGACGGCCAUCUUAGGCACGCGCACCUCCCGGAUUUACUCUUCUGGUUUAUAAACGAAACAUCCAUCCUGACUGAAGGGGGAGAAGACACAAGGAGGCAUCGGUUUCCACUUCGCCGAGGUUCAAACUCCAAGUCGGGAUGCGGUUUCGAGGGAAUAAACCUUUUGCAUCCGCUGGACUGGUCCUCGGACUGUUGUUAUGCGCGGCGCAGGCGGCUAAAGUUAAUAAACACAAACCCUGGAUCGAGACGACAUACCAUGGGAUCGUGACAGAAAACGAUGACAAAGUGCUCCUGGACCCUCCUCUUAUCGCUCUGGACAAGGACGCUCCGCUCCGUUACGCAGAGAGUUUUGAGGUGACCCUCACUGAAGAAGGUGAGAUUUGCGGGUUCAGGAUCCAUGGCCAGAACGUCCCAUUUGAGGCGGUGGUCCUGGACAAAUCCACGGGGGAGGGGGUGAUCCGCGCCAAAGACAAGCUGGACUGUGAGCUGCAGAAGGAGCACACGUUCACCAUCCAGGCGUACGACUGCGGAGAGGGGCCCGACGGAGCCAACAUGAAGAAAUCACACAAAGCCACUGUCCACAUCCAGGUGAACGACAUCAAUGAAUACUCCCCAGUGUUCAAGGAGAAAUCGUACAAAGCCACGGUCAUCGAAGGCAAGAAGUACGACAGCAUCCUGAAAGUGGAGGCGGUGGAUGCAGAUUGCUCCUUCCAGUUCAGCCAAAUCUGCAGCUACGAGAUUGUCACCCCCGAUGUGCCAUUCUCCAUCGACAAGGACGGUUUCAUCAAGAACACAGAGAAGCUGAGCUAUGGCAAAGAGCACAUGUACAAGCUGACAGUGACGGCCUACGACUGUGGGAAGAACAGAGCCUCUGAGGACGUCCUGGUCAAGAUCAGCGUGAAGCCCACCUGCAAACCCAGCUGGCAAAGCUUCAGUAAGAGGAUUGAAUACGAGCCCGGCACUGGCAGCCUAGCCCUGUUUCCCGGCAUGCACCUGGAGACCUGCGACGAGCCGAUCACCUCCAUCCGGGCCACAGUCGAACUGGAAACCAACCACAUCGGGAAAGGCUGCGACCGGGACACUUACUCCGAGAAGUCCCUGCACAAGCUCUGUGGAGCAACCUCAGGCACCGUGGAGCUGCUGCCCGCCCCCAGCAGCUCUGCCAACUGGACCGUCGGACUGCCCACUGACAACGGCCACGAUAGCGACCAGGUCUUCGAGUUCAAUGGGACUCAAGCCAUAAAAGUUCCAGAUGGUUUGGUCAGCACCAGCCUCAAGGAUCCUUUCACCAUCUCAGUGUGGAUGAGGCACGGACCAGGGGCGCACGAGAAGGAGACGAUUCUCUGUAACUCGGACAAGACAGAGAUGAACCGACACCACUACUCCCUGUACGUCCACAACUGCAGACUGAUCCUGCUGCUGCGUCAGGACCCCUCAGAGGCCGAGAACUACAAACCAGCAGAAUUUCACUGGAAACUGGACCAGGCGUGUGAUAAAGAGUGGCAUCACUAUGUGCUGAAUGUGGAGUUCCCAACAGUGUCUCUGUUUGUGGAUGGGAACACGUUUGAACCCUUCCUGGUCACAGAGGACUACCCACUGCACGCCUCCAAGAUCGAAACUCAGCUCACUAUCGGAGCCUGCUGGCAAGAAAUCUCAGGACAUGACAAUGACACUGAAACUCCCUCUGAGCCCGCUUCAGGUGGAAACGCUCGCAUGGCCCAGUUUUUCAGAGGGAACUUGGCAGGACUCAUGAUCCGCUCCGGAAAACUGGAGAACAAGAAGGUCAUCGACUGUCUGUACACCUGCAAGGAGGGCCUGGAUGUGCAGCUGCCCGAGGAGGUGGCUUCUGCUGUGAAGGUGGACUUCAAUCCAAACCAGUCGUCUCUGACAGUGGAGGGUGAUGACAUCGACGCCUUUGAGAAAGUGAUGCAGCACAUCUCUUACCUCAAUUCCCGCCAGUUCCCCACCCCCGGCAUCAGGCACCUGCGCAUCUCCACCACCGUCAAGUGUUUCAAUGAGGAGACGUGUGUGACCGUGCCAGAUGCAGAGGGCUACGUGAUGGUGCUGCAGCCAGAGGAGCCAAAGAUCAGCCUGAGCGGCAUCGACCACUUCGCCCGCAGCUCGGCCGAGUUCGAGAGCUCCGAGGGCGUCACCCUGUUCCCCGAGCUGCGCAUCGUCAGCACCAUCACCAGGGAAGUGGAGGCCGACCCGGAGACGGAGGUGACCGAGGGGAACGACGAUGACCCUACAGUUCAGGAGACAGUGGUGUCGGAGGAGAUCAUGCACAACCUGGACACGUGUGAAGUGACGGUGAUCGGGGACGAACUGGACGGAGAGCACGAGAGUCUGGAGCUGGACAUGUCCCAACUGCAGCAGCGUGGCCUCGAGAUGAGCGCCUCUAAUCUGGGCCUGGUCAUCACAGGUGUGAACACCAUGUCCAACUACGAGCAGGUCCUGCACUUGAUCCGUUACAAGAACUGGCACACGGAGGCGCUCUUCGACAGGAAGUUUAAACUGGUGUGCUCCGAGCUCAACGGCCGCUACAUCAGCAACGACUUUAAAGUUGAGGUGAACGUCAUCCACACAGCUAGUCCCGUGGAACACGCCAACAACGCCAUGAUGCAGGCCAGCUUCAUCAACCCGAUUCACCACGCCUCUGUGGACCUGUCCGGACACAACCUGGUCAACGCUCACCAGGCCUCAGUGGUCCCCAGCGCCGCCACCAUUGUGAUCGUGGUGUGUGUCAGUUUCCUGGUGUUCAUGAUCAUCCUGGGAGUGUUCAGGAUCCGCGCGGCCCACCAACGCACCAUGAGAGACCAGGAGAACGGCAAAGAAAACGAGAUGGACUGGGACGACUCCGCGCUCACCAUCACUGUCAACCCCAUGGAGACAUACGAGGACCAGCACAGCAGCGAGGAGGAGGAGGAAGAGGAGGAGGAGAGCGAGGAGGGCGAGGAGGAAGACGACAUCACAAGCGCCGAGUCGGACAGCAGCGAAGAGGACGAGGGCCCCGAACCGGAGGACCAGCCCGGAGCCAGCAGACAGCAGCAGCUGGAGUGGGACGACUCCACUCUCACCUACUAAACCCACAGAGCUCCUUCCACAACACACGUCUCCACCAUCGCACAUCUGCAAGGAGCCCUCAUGUAAAAAUACAAGUCAUACAUUUACUUCAGCGUAUAUAAAUACAUAUAUAUAUGGUCAAGAUUUUCCUGUCGUUCUUAGUGGUGGUACUCAGUGUAGUGUAGUCAUCACCAGAUUGCUGAAUUUUACUAUUUUUUUUAUUUAUUAUGUUUGAAUUCCCAGGAAAACUUGGCCUACAUUUGUUUUGAACUGUUUGCGGAAGCCAACCCUGCACUUUUGUUUUUAUUUCUUAAUUUUAACGGCUUUCAAACUGAGUCCCAGUGUACAAUAUUCCUUAUUGCUUUAUGUUUUAGAUUAGUUUGCAGCAAACCCACAGCUUGAGUUGUAGUUGACAGUGAAUAAGCUUUGAAUCAGUAACCAUCUUUUCCCUCCUGUUUUUAGUGCAUGAGUGCAUUUGAGACAUCACAUGUAGAGAAAUGCUUUUUAACAUUUUUGUAAAUAUAAAGAAAUCAUGUAAUUAGUCAGUGUCUUAGUGAUGGCCUUUCUCCAUUGGGUCCAAUAUAUAAUGCAAAGUUGUGUCCAAUACUUGUGUUACAAAGAAGCUGUAGCAUGUGGCUAAAUUACUGCAAAAAGCUGUGUAGUCAUGCUAAUGCAGGAGGUGUCCAUGACAAAGAGCUUUCUUUUUUCCUACAGUUUCAGCUCUCGCUUAGCUUGCACAGGUAGCAGUUCUCUUUUUCCAUUCCCCAAAUAUUUUGAUGUUGUACAAAGGGUUGUGGAUAUUUGGCAAAUGCUUGAUACAAAGCCACAGGUGCAAACUUGAGUUCAGUCACAGUGCAAAUGCACAUUUCUCAGCAGAUAUUAUCUUAUCAGAUAUUAUCUUAUCUUAUCUUGUCAGAAGGAGAAAGAAAAGAAGCUUCUACAGUUUCUACAGUUUAUGUGAUUCUGGAUUGGUCUGCUGGCAGUGUAUGUACAUUAUGGAGUUGAUUUGAUUUUUUCUGUUUACAUUUGGUAAACUGCUUUUGGUGUGGCACAAUUCAUUUGGGAAAAUUAUAUCAAAUCACUGCUUCUACUACUGCAACACUCCUCAUUGUAAAUAGUUUUCACCUCAACACAUGUUAAUGUUUGUCAAGGUACAGCGUAAAAUUUCCAGACGUGUUUUAAUUUGGAAGAAGAAUGUUAUUCAAAUCUGUCAGUUCUUGUAUGUUACAAUAACCGAUGCUCGUAUGUUUGCUAACUUUAGUAGCACAAUUGUAAUUUAGAUUAAUUUAUGAUUUUAUGAUUUGAGUUGGUGAACAGUCUCCCUUCAUGAUGACCUGCACAUGUUCAGGUCUGAGCUUGUCGAGAUGGGAAUGCCUUUUUACCAAUCAUAUUAAUUAAUAUUAAUUUUUGUAUCCAUUUCUUACGACGCUGGGGAUUACACUUCAUAAAGCAUUGAUAGUUUGUGUUUCACAUAGUUGUUUGUGUCCAUGUUGAUGUGUAGUUAGCUCCAUAUUGUACCUUCUAUAGAUAUUGUACUAAAUCAUAUUGUUCUGAAUCUCAACCUCUAAAAUCUAAAAUGUUGUACAGAAACAUGAAAUAUGAAAAAUUGCUUUGACAGCAUACAUGGGUAUACUGUUAAAUUGACUUAUUUGUGUAUAGUGAGACAGUCAUUUUGAAGUGUCUUAUUGCCUGGGUUGUUGAGAGAGGGUUUUGAGGGCAGCAUGUAUUUCACAGGGAUAUAAUGAUGACGCUUGUUGACUCAGAAUUCACAAUUUCAUCACAUAAAACAAACAUUAUCCAUAACUUCAUGUAUAGUAUCAGAGUCAUUGUCAUUUUUCAGAUUUUAUUCUUUUAUUACCAGUCCCUGUUCAUUGGUUGAAUUGAAUGUCACUGCCUAUCAAUCUAACUAGCAGCCAUAAUGUGAAAGACAAUAACAACUUACUUUGCAUGACCCACAAAUAUUGACUGGAUAAUGCCAUGUUGAAUAGAACGCAAUACACUAUUUAAAUCUCAGAUCACAUGUCCACAGCACUCCAGAUGUUUUUAUUUUUGUCUGUUUUCAAUUUUUUUUUUCCUCAAAAUGAAAAGAUUCAAGUUGUUUUCAGGACGGUUGGAUUCUUCCUUUGUGCUUGUUGGAGCUGCUCUCACUUUUCUACCAAUUCAAAGGCAAAUUGUAGUAAAGUCGAUGCUUGCUCGUGAACAAAAUAAAGGAUGAUGAGACGGGAUAUAAA